CAUCUCACUCGCCAGCUGUUCUCAGUUUUGAUUUGUCUUUGAUUCGUUUAACAGCUACAGCCCUGAGAUUACAAGGUCCAUUAAGUGCAAACGGCACUGGUCGUGUGGAAAUAUUCUACGAUGGGAAAUGGGGAACAAUCUGUCAUAAUUAUUGGAAUGCAGCUAAUGCCAGGGUUGUAUGUCGUCAACUUGGUUAUACAUACGCUGUUAAAGCUCUUAAAGGAGACGACGUUCCUGAUGGUACUGGACAUAUAUGGUUAGAUAAUGUCAGAUGUACUGGGAGUGAACUAAAUCUAACCAGUUGUUCUCAUAACGGAUGGGGAAAUGAAAAUUGCGAGCACGAUAAUGAUGCAGGAGUAGAAUGUUCUUCAACAG